CUAGGUGAAAUGUCAUGUUUGACAGACAUUUAUAAAUACAAGUAACUUAGCUUGCCUUUGUAUUACUUCCUUUUCCGUGUUAGCUGUGAAAGAAGAAACAUGCCGCUAGCAAAAGAUUUAUUACACCCUUUACCCUCUGAGGAGAAACGUAAGCACAAGCUAAAACGCUUGGUGCAACAUCCCAACUCUUACUUUAUGGACGUGAAAUGCCCUGGAUGCUAUAGAAUUACGACAGUAUUCAGUCACGCCCAAGGUGUAGUUAUUUGCGCAGGUUGCUCCACAGUGUUAUGUCAACCAACUGGAGGACGUGCGAAAUUGACAGAAGGAUGCUCUUUCCGCAGAAAGCCUCAAUAAAUGAAACAUCUACGCUGUUAAAUACUAAAAAAUUUUUUUAGCUACAAAAUAAAAUCGACUUAAAUCCUUUA